AUUUUGCGUUUUGCGCUUCAAUACAUAGUAGGAAUCUUUUCUCUCAGCUCCCUUUACCUGAAGGUUACCGAUGGCUCAAGAAAGCGGUUGCAGAUUUAUCGAUUUUUCAACUAUCACUAUGAAGUUUGUAUGGAAUAAAGACAGGUAUACUCACUCUUAAGAAUUAGAAAACACGCAAAGGCUCAUCAUCCCGUUGUAUGGUGGGAAGCUUGGGAUGACUUUGAUCUUAUUGGGUAUGUACGGGGAUUGUUUGCGCAAGCUGACGUAGAACUACAGUGGAUAAAAGUGAAAUGAAAUAGGAAGGGGGAGAGGAAGGGGCCAAACUCUCGGCUACACGAUAGUUUAGGUUUCCGGAAAAGUGCCUCGUGUGUUGCAGGCUGCAGCUGUGGGACUUAUAUAGACACUUGUGUUGGGAGAACCUGGGCUGUACAAGCCGGGGAAGACAAAUAGUCCCGGCGAAAGAAAGGACUCUAUCGUCACUUAUACACACACAAAAUACACAAACAUAAAGUGCCCAGGUCAAGAUGGCUGUCAUAAGAACAGCCGCCUUGAAUUGGCGAUUCUAUUCGCUCGUGGCGAUUUUGGUGGGAAUCACUGGCGUGAUCGGCCAUGAAUACACCAGGAAACCUAGCUGGGUCCCUAAUCCACCAACUCAACAAGAAUGUCGAGUCCACAUAGAGGCAGCCCUCAGAGACUACUGGGACAGGCAGCCUUCAAACCCAUCCAUAGAAAGGGAGAAUGAAGGCGUUGAUGCGAUUUCUCUUGAAGAAGUACUCUUGGCUUCGCAAGAAGAAGAAGAAUUAAAAAAUUAUAAUAUUGAAGAAACAACUGGUGGUCAAGACGAAAAAGUAAAACUCGAGGAAGAAGAGUCCGAAAUUUCUUCAUUGGAACAUGAAGAUUCAAUCGACGACGAAUCUGAUAAAGAAAUGCAAGUUGACGAAAAGGAAGAAGAGUCUGAAGAGCAGGAUUCGCUAGAAAAGUCAGAAGAUGAAACUAAACCAGAGGUAGCUGAGAACAAGGAAGAAGAGUCUGAAGAGCAAGAUUCACUAGAAAAGUCAGAAGAUGAAACUAAACCAGAGGUGACUGAGGAAAAAGAAGAAGAAGAAGAAAAAGAAGAAAUUAGCGAUUAUGAAAGUGAUGAUGCUAAAGAACAGAUGGAAACCGAAGAGGGUUCUCAAGAGGUUGAGGAAGAAGAGUCAACCGAAGAGGAAAAGGUGUUAGCCAAAGAAGAAGAAGAAGACAAUAAGAUAGUUGAUGAGAAAUCAGCUGAAGAAGAAGAAGAAAAAGUCAAAGUGGAAGAUGCAAUGGAAAAUAAAGUCGAUGAAGUUGAAGAUGAGUACACACCUAAAGAAGAUAGUACAGUGAAUCAAGAGGAAUCAGAAGACGUAGAAUGCACUACAUGUGAAGAUGAUCGUAUCGAGGACACAUCACGUACUGAGGAAGAUGAAGUUGCCGAAGAAAAAACUCAGGAGGAUGAAAAUGAAGCAGAAGAACCAAUAGCGGAAGAGGGCGAAAGGGACGAGGUACAGAAAGCUACAGAAGCGCCCUCUGAAGUUGGAGCUGGAAUGGAACAGGAACUUCCUUCAGAAGACACCUCAUCUGAGCAAUCCGAGAACAUUGUACAGGAAAAAGAAAAAGAGGAGGAACAAGACAAUAAGUUAGUGAUGAAGAAAGAUGAUGAGGAAAUAGGAACUGAAGGCGAUGACGAAGAAGAAUUAACUACCAAGAGAAUUCCACCGCGUUCAAGAAGACAUAUCGACGAAAUCCUAGGAGUAGACGAGAUCGGAACCCAAAUGGACAAAGAAGAACAGGAAUUAAUUCAGAACAUUCUCAACGAACUUAAAAAAAUGUAUAUCUCAGCUGUUAAACCUCUGGAAAACAUUUAUAAGUUCAGGGAAAUCACCACUCGACAAUUGGGAGAUGCUGAAAUCUACUCGACACCCCAAGUCUUAUUUCUUGGCCCCUGGAGCGCCGGAAAAAGCAGCAUUAUCAACUACCUUCUGGGUAUUGAAAGAAGUCCUGCGGCUAGAAAGGAAGCACCUGAGCCUACAGACACAGACUUUACUGUCAUCACGUAUGGAAACGAGCCCCAGAAAUUAAGCGGCACGGAACUGGCCGCGGAUUGGUCAUUUGCCAGUGUACAAAAAUUUGGACAGUCUUUCUUGGACCAUUUCAAAGGCGUCCGAAUGAAUAAUCCUCUUUUGAAGAAGGUGACGCUUCUUGAUACUCCCGGGAUUAACGAAAACCGAAGAUACCAAAAUAGAGGUUACCCGUUUAACGACGUCUUCCAGUGGUUUAUUGACCACGCCGACGCCAUUUACGUUGUAUUCGACCCAUUUAAACUGGAGAUUGGCAGUGAGAUGGAAGCUAUUUUAGAUCAACUGAAAGGAAGAGAAGCACAGAUUCGCUUUAUUUUAAACAAGGCGGAUAGUAUUCGCCGCAGUGAGUUGAUGAAAGUCGUAGGCCAGCUUUUCUGGAACCUUUCUCCACUGAUGGGUAGUUCGGAAGCCCCUGUCAUCUAUGCUGUUUCUCUAAUGAGCAAACCUUUCCAACCAUGGACUUCUGCGAACUUCUUGAUGGAUCAAGAGAGGGCGCUGUUAAAUGACCUACGAGAAGUGAUCGACAAGAGAGUGGAGAAUAGAAUCGCUUUUACUCGACGCCACGCCGUACGAGUACGAAACCAUGCCAAGAUGGUAGACUGUUACUUAGCUACCUACUACAAACACAAAGGUAUCUUCAGCAACAAGAAAAAGGUGGCUGAUGACAUUACUGAACACCCCAAUCAGUACAAUAUUUAUCAAGGGCUGAGCAGCCUAACGAACAUCAGUCGGUACGACCUUCCUGACCCUCUUAUUUAUCGAGACUUUUUCCGUUUACACGCUCUGUACGAGUUCAAACCCUUGGCUUCCACUUGCAGCUAUUUUAUGGGUUGCCCGUUGGAUAAGCUGGAUAUUUCCAUUGCCUACGACCUUCCUGAAUUGUUGGGCAAGUACAAGAAAAAAUCGAAAGCAAGAAUAUACAAGAGGGAAGAAGAUGCUGACAAGGGCAGAUGAAAUGUGUGGGCGCGAUUGCUCUUAAGUGACGUAAUGUCUACGUUAAGACCAGUGGUUGCCUGGUUCAUGUUUUGAACACGAACCAGGCUUGUAGAAAUCCCGGCUUCUGAGAACAGGUGUUGUCAGUUAAUGAGCAGUUAGUUUGAAAAUUUCAUAAUAAUUAUUAACAAUAAAAUCUUCUGGAAAAUAAGGAGAAUUAACUAACUUAGCACCCUGCUCUUCGGUAAGUUUGAAUUUAGAGUUGAGGAGGAAAAUUGGAAAUUACAAUAGACAAACUCAUCGACGUUACAAAAAUGAACCUCACACUCUAAUGAUGAUACCGUGUAACUGGAAAAUCCAAUACACAUUCCCAACCGAAAUCAACUGUUUAAACCACAUUCCCAUUAACUGACAACACACGAUCCGGAUGUAAUGAAUUGUAGAAGUGAAUUUGCUGACUCGUGAUUUUUUCUUUUUUCUUCCUCUCAUUUCUAAUGUUGUUCUUCUAAAUCGAAGCCAAUCGACGCAGUUGAGAGCAUAUAUAUUAAGAAGAAACCAAUAACAAGCUAAUGUGGGAAAGUUUGUGACAAAUAUGUGAAGUUUUGCUUUUACAAUGCCAAAUACCGGCUAUAAAAUGUCUUGUAAUACACCAAAUCAGCGUUUCACAAAAUGACAAAAGUUAUAUCAGAGCUAAGCCCGAGCCCCUCAAAGCGCCAAAGUUAACCCCUCUUAGCAGUUUAGAACAGUUUGUAACAUCCACUAUGUUAUUGGUUUCUGUACAUAGUUUUAGAUUAUAAUAUUAUAUUAAAAGGCACUGAGAAUGAAUUUCGAUUUUGUAUGUUGUGUGAAAAGAUAAUGAAAACCAUUCAUACUUUUCUGCAAUACCUUGUCAAAAAUAUCUGAAACAAUUCUAUUGGAUUUUUAUUAGGUGUGUGAUGUAAUAAAGUCUUUGUACUGUCACCACUA